GGUGGUGGCGGUGGUGGUGCUGUUAGAUUUUCAAAACUUUUCUUAAUGGAUCAAAAAUUAAACGGUGGCACUAGUCCUAUUUGUGCAAAUCUCCCUCUAGUAAAAGUUUGUCUUAGUAUUGGCCCAACCCUGAUCGACAGCUAAUUUCCCAAUUUCACGAAAGGGUCCUAACUAGGGUUUCUCAUUCGAACCGUAUCGGAAAAGGGAAGAGUAAAAUCGAGACCGUAGAGAUUAAGCCAAAUUCGGCGGUUUGCGAUGGAUCUAGAGGUGGUGGGCCGCCAUGCCCUCCUCUUCGACGACGACGCCAUGGCGGCGUUCGUCAACUCCGGCGACGCUCUUGUCGAAUGGAACUCUCUCCAAAUUGAUCGUUAUGAUGUCCGCCACCUUCUCUCCGCACCUCCACCUUCCCGCCGGCGGUCUCACUCUUCUACGUCUUCGAAUCUCGUCGAUGCUUCGAUUCAGUUCGAGCUCGAUCAUGAACGUUACCUCGAUCUUCCUUCGCCUUCAGAUGAACCAGAAAUGGAAGAAGACGAAAAGUCGGUGGAUGCUGGUGCUUAUCGUGCUGUUGGUUUCUCAUAUGGACCUACUGAUGAUUCUGCUUACAGAAAAAGUUCUGAGGUGGGCCAGGAAAGCUCCGAGUUUCGUCCCUCCUUUCCAGUGCCGGAAAGCCUACUUCAAUGCUUGCCACCAACGGAAAAGGUACAUCAGAUAAUUGCAAGGACUGCACUGUUUGUGAGCAAACAUGGUGGGCAGUCAGAAAUUGUUCUGAGGGUAAAGCAGGGAGACAAUCCAACAUUUGGGUUCUUAAUGCCUGACCACGAUCUUCAUGCAUACUUUAGGUUUCUUGUUGAUCACCCUGAACUUUUACAAUCUGGUAGUGAUGUGAAAGCUCAAAAUGAAGGAGGAAAGGAUUCCAAUGAGCAGAAGGAACAUGAUGGUCGUGGUGGUGCUUUAUCUUUGCUUGGUUCUGUAUAUGAGUCCGGAGAGGACGAGGAGCUUGCGAAUGGGGAUGAUCCUGGAUCCAAAGUUACCAGUGCAACACUUGAUACCUUGAGUGCCACAAAUGUUUCCAGUCCUCUUGAAAGGGCUGAUGGUUCCAAGGAAUUUGAAAAAGAUGAGAAAGAAAAAAACGAGAGAGUUUCUACAAAUUCAUUUCGUUCUAUUAAAGAUAAAGAAAAGGCUGCUGCACUGAAAAAGAAUAAUUUGAUUAAUGCUUCCAAAAGCGGAAUUAGAACUAGCAUGCAGAAGGAAGAUGACGGUGGUUCUUCUGCUGCAUCUAGAAAGACAAAUGCAGAGGUGUCUGGUCUAGGAGCAGUGUCGAAGACUGGACCUUUGGUGGAGCCUCCAUCUGAUCUGAAGAAAUUGAUUAAUAAGAUUGUGGAGUUCAUUCUGAAGAAUGGGAAGCAGUUUGAGUCAACUCUUAUGGAACAGGACAGCAAACAUGGCAGAUUCCCAUUUCUCCUUCCAACCAACCAAUAUCAUCCUUACUAUCUAAAAAUACUCCAGAAAGCUCUAGAGUCAAAAGUCCAUGGAUCAGAAAAAAGAGCUUUGAAGGAAAGUGAUUCUCCCUCCAGAUCUGCAGGCUAUGAUCUGCCAUAUGUAUCUGAUAAGAAAGAGAAGUUUAAAAUGGUGAUUGGUAAAUCCAAGAAGGAAAUGCAGGACUCCCUGACCAGAACUUCAGAGCAAGAGGUUGGAGUCAAUGUGGACGCUGCUGCUGCUGCUGCUAUCCUUCACGCAGCCACUAGAGGUAUUAAAAAUCCCAAUUUGAAUAUCAUAUCAGGCUCAUCUAAGAAUGGUGAUAGUCAGGGUCACAGCAGUGAGGGUGGCCAAGCCUCAAGUUUCCUCAAUGUCCCUCCAUUUAGUCAGAGGUCUGACCAGAGGAUGAAAAAUAGUGUUUCGAUUCCAAAGGCGAAGGAAAUCGCAAAGUCUGCUGCUGCUGAAGCUGCGAGUGAGGCAGACUCCUCUGAAGCACACUUGAGCAAAGAGCAGAAGCUGAAAGCAGAGAGGCUGAGAAGGGCAAAGAUGUUUGUGGCCCUCUUAAAAGGUGGAGCAGCUCCUGUGAAAAGAGAUUCUUCACAUGGAGGGUCAGUGGAACCGCAGGAAUCUGCCUUAUCAGGUUCUGGCACAGAGGUUAAUGCUGCUACUAGAGAAAGAGAAGGCAGUGCAGCUCCGUCAGAAUUGACUGCUCUAGGGAGAGAAGGCAGUGCAGCUCCGUCAGAACUGACUGCUCUAGAGAGAGAAGGCAGUGCAGCUCCAUUAAUUAAUAAUGUGUCCAAUGAAAAUGAGAAAUCUGAAAUAAAACAUAAUGCUGAAGAGAAUGAGCGGCGAUCAAGAAGGAAAUACCGGUCAAGAUCUGAUAGACCCGACGAGGAGGAUGAAGAGGAAGAGGGAGAGGGAGAGGAGGAGGAGAAGCAGCUGUCCAGGAAGAAGCACCACUCUUCAAGAGAAGAUGAAGAGGAAGAAAGUGGAGAGGUAAGGGAUGAUAGACGAUCCAAAAAAAAGAGGCGUUCACACCGUCAUAGACACAAAGAUGGUGGCAAUGCAUAUGAGGAUGAAGAUGAUGAAGAUAAACGAUCAAGAAAGAAGCACCGCAGGCGGCAUUCAUCGCCUGAAUAUGAUGAAGAUGAUGAUGAAGAUGAUAAACGAUCAAGAAAGAAGCACCGCAGACGGCAUUCAUCCCCUGAAGAUGAUGAUGAUGAUGAUGAAGAUGAUAAACGAUCAAGAAAGAAGCACCGCAGACGGCAUUCAUCCCCUGAAGAUGAUGAUGAUGAUGAUGAAGAUGAUAAACGAUCAAGAAAGAAGCACCGCAGACGGCAUUCAUCCCCUGAAUAUGAUGAUGAUGAUGAUGAGCGAAGAGAUGCCGAGAGACAUCAUAAGCAUGGAAGGAAAAAGCAUUCCAGUCAUCAGUCUUCACCUGAAAAUAGGAAAGAUGAUUAUGAGGAGGAUUAUAAGCACUCCAAGAAGAAACAUAGAUCUCAUAGAACCUCCCACCGGAGUAGAGAGAAACUCAAACACAGGCCAAAGCAUUUCAGUGAUGAUGAGUCUGAACAUGGGCAUAAGCGCCCGAACUCUUCAGAUGAUGAAAAGCAGCACUAUGGCAGGGCCAAUAAGAAUGAGAAGGGGACCAAAGAAAGAGAAGAACUGGAAGAGGGUGAGAUCGGUACCAAAGUGUCAGAUCAAUCAAGAGGAAGUCCGGGAGGUUCCGUCAGCAGAGAAGCUUCGGUGGAUGUAUCUAGUUCCCAUCAAAGAGCCGCAUCUCAGCAUUCUGAAUCUACUGAGAUAUCAGAUGAUCUUCGGGCUAAAAUCCGUGCAAUGUUAAUGGCAACUAGGAAGUAGUUGAUGAACUGCCAAUAUUGGUACAUUACCCCGAGAACUUCUUGCAGUGUAAAGGGCAUUGUAAACGUGCUUGUGAAUCUUUUGAUAUACUAUUAAUCCUUAUUUUCAUCCUCC